AUGACUACAGCCAAGAAUGAUUCAAUCUUGAUCGUGGGCGCCGGCGUCUUCGGUCUCUCGACCGCGCUCGAGCUCAACAAGCGCGGAUACACCAAUAUCACAGUCGUCGAUCGGUUUGUACCGCCAUCAGCGGACGGAAGCAGUGUUGAUAUUUCGCGCAUUAUCCGUGCCGACUAUGCAGACCCAGUCUACGCUCAAAUGGCUCGGGAGGCAUACGCUGGAUGGACCACCGAAUAUAAAGAUCAGUUCUUCGAAUCAGGAUUCGCCAUGAUCUCGGAAACUUCCAACAACCCAUACAUGGAAAAGUCCAAAGCCAUUAUUCGGGAAGCAGGUGGCAAAGUAGACGAGCUUCCCGACGCCAUGGAUCUUCGCAAACUAUACCCCAGCGUCCAGGCUAAUUUUGUUGGGAUGAGUGGAUAUCACAAUCCCAAGGGUGGCUGGGCCGAUGCUGCCGGGAGUAUCCAGCAGCUUGCUUCCAAGUGUACUGUGGCAGGAGUUUCGAUCAUUGCCGGGCCUCGCGGCACUGUUAUUUCCCUUCGGAAGGCGGGUUCGCGAGUUAUUGGUGUCAACCUUGUCGGGGGACAGGUUUUGCUUGCUUCACAGGUCAUCUUGAGCACUGGGGCGUGGACGAAUCGUCUCUUGAACAUGGGUCAAGCGGCUUCGUCUUCUGGUCAGCCUGUUGGAUUCAUUCAAUUGACCGAGGAAGAAGCUCUUGAGAUGAGGAAGAUCCCGGUUAUUAUCAACAUGAGCUCUGGUGUGUUCUCAUUCCCGCCCACCCCGGACACACAUGUCCUCAAAUUGGCCCGCCAUGGCUAUGGGUAUGCCACCGAUGUUACUGUCAAUGUGGACGGAGUUCAGAAGUCACUCUCAUCGCCAAAGUUCGAAACCAGUAACGCGGCCACUGGAUACCUUCCCGAUGAUGCGGAUGCAUCGCUGCGCGAUGGUCUGCGUCAGUUCUUCCCCAAGCUAGGUGAUCGUCCCUGGUUGAACCGUCGUCUGUGCUGGUACACCGAUACCCCUAAUGGCGACUUUAUCAUCGACCACCACCCCAACAUCCCAGGUCUUUUCAUGGCUACUGGUGGUGCAGGACAUGGUUUCAAAUUCCUUCCUGUCCUCGGUCAAUACAUCGCAGACUGCUUCGAGAACAAAGCCCCUGAAGAAUUACGACAGAAAUGGAGAAUGAACCCACCCCAGGGUGACUCGGAGGGACCCAUGGCCGGCGAUGGAAGCAGAGCAGGUCCCCCGCUACGAAAGCUCACUCCGCUUGAACAAGCCAAGCUAUAA